AGUGAAGCGGCGAGUUUAGUGUGAAAUUAAGGCAUGUAGGAUAUACCCAUCUCCAGGGAAUGGAUGAACAUAUCGAUAAGUUCAUAUUCAUAAGAAUCAUAACCAUCACGAUAAACAAGAAAUCGAGAGAGAAUGUCUCGUAAUCGCAUCUCCACACUCUAUCUUCUCGCUUACAACUCCUUUCAGGCCAUUGGAUGGACAAUUUCCCUAAUUAACAUUCUCCGCAAUCUUCUCGCCACUGCCUCCGUCACCGGAACCUACGCCGCCGCCGGCAACUUAAUCUGUUUUCUGCAAUGCGCUGCGUUCUUGGAAGUGAUACACGGAGCCAUUGGCAUUGUGCCCAGCGGGGCGUUGCUUCCUCUUAUGCAAUGGGGAGGAAAGACACACUUUGUGCUCGCCAUUGUUCGGAAACUCGAUGAGCUCCAGGAAUUACCUUCAGUUUUUAUCACUUUUCUUGCAUGGAGCAUGGGUGAGGUCAUCAGAUAUUCACAUUAUGCUUUUAGUUGUUUGGGAAAUUGUCCUUCGUGGAUGACCUAUCUCAGGUACACUGCGUUUAUUGUGCUGUAUCCUUUGGGAGUGGGUCCUGGUGAAAUAUGGAUUAUGUACCAGGCGCUUCCAAUUAUAAAGAAGAAAAAUCUCUAUGCAGAUUCCUUUUCAGGCCUCCCAUUUAGUUAUUAUGAUUUCCUUAAGGUUGUACUUACAGUUUAUCCAUUCCUCUGGUUCAAACUUUACUUGCAUAUGUUCAAGCAACGACGUACAAAACUUCAUAAACGCAAUGAAAAGAAAAAGGCGUGAGGAGCUUUUAUAAACACCAUUCCGCUUGGUUAGUGAUAUUGUAUUGAUUGCUGAAGUUCUGAACUUGUAUUUUUAGCUCCACACACGAAGUAUUUAGUUGAAUUAUUUUUAAUAACGUUCUGUAUGUGACACUAAAGACAUUUAUUCUGAAAUUCAUUUAUUUGCUUCUAAACUUUUUCCUUGAGUGGAUAAUACUGUCAAAUAAUGUAAUUGUUAAUUGCAAUUAAGAUGGUGGUAGGAGCUUGAAGAAAGACCUUGAUUUGUAAUAUAUUGCCUAUAGUAUAGUUCGUGUGGAUUAAUAAUGAUAGCUUGCUUAUAAAAUGAGUUAGUUCA